AUGUGGCCAUGGAAGAAGAGCAAAGAAGAGUUUGUUGAAUUUCAAAAUUAUUCUGCAAUUUCCUCUGAUUUCAUCCCCCUCGGAUACAUCACAGACAACGAGAAGAGAAAGGUGGAAAUCGUGGGCACAAACCACGAGAGGAGACAAAUAGUAGUUGUCGCCCGAGAGAAGGACGAGUACACAGUGCGGCACAGGAUAGACACUCCCAUCGUGGUAGACUACAUUGUGUCCAUAGACAUAAUAAACAGAGAGAAAAAGAGAGAGUACAUUGCCGUUUCAAGGAUUGCAGGCGCAAAGACGGAAAAUGAGCAUAAAGGAGUCCAGCAGCACGUAAAAAUAAAAACAAAAAAUAGCCAGAGAGAGGAGAAGGUCCAGUACAGCAUCACUAAAAUAGAUGAGACAGGACACACUCUUAGCCUAGGCAUCUCUGACUCCAUGCCUUUUCUGAUCACGCACAAAGACCUGGACCCAGCCCUAUUUGUACAGAAAGACGGAGAGACAUUUUUCCUGGACAUAGCUGAGAAUGUAAAGUACAGCAGCAAAGAGCCGUUUGGAGUCCUAAGAAACAACCACUCGUCAGGAUUUGUAGACGUAAGCGGAAAUGGCAUAGCUGAUCUAGUCCUGGAUACGGUAAAAAACGGAAAAAGAACAGUGGAAGUGUGGAGCACGAACAACGGCGAGUACACUCUUACAGGCUCUCUUGAUAUGAGCGAUGAGAGCUCGGGGCCGUUUGUGUUCGGUGAUUUCACAGGCACUGGCGCCAUGGACAUUCUGUAUCUCUCGAAUGAUCAGCCGAGCAUAAAUAUCAUACCGAAUAUGCGCCCAGCAUACUGCACAAAUGGCAGCCAGACAUCCACACCGCUUUUUACGCGCGAUAAAAACAGUCAGAGCAUUCCGUGCCUAUUUAAAUCAGACAUAAUGAAGGCCAGUAGCCAAUCAGGGUACAGCGCAGAGGAUAAAAUAACGUAUAAUAUCGAGGACAUCAGUGAGUUUAAAUUGUACGACUCAAAUGGCCCUGUGUUCCCCAGUGUGCUGGACAUAAAUAGCAAUACAUACCCAGACAUCAUAGUGCUUGCGCAGAAAAACAAUGCACCAUCAUUCCAGCCUUCGCUUUUUCUGAAUGAAGGAGGCACUGGAUUUACGCACGAAGACGCUUUUGAUGAGCUGCCAGGGAAAGUGAAAAUGGCGGCAUUCUACAGGGAGGAUAAGGGCGUGUGGAAUGUUCUUGCUAGCUCAUUGGUUGACUCUUCCAGCACUUUAUUUAUUUACAGAAAUACAUCGGAUAUCUCUGGAUACUAUCUCAGCAUAUCUACAAAAAUAGAAAGAGAAAAAGGCUCGCAUGUUCCUGCGAUUGGCGCAAGCUAUGCGUGCAGAAUAACAGAAACAGGGCGGGUGAUCGUUGGGUCGUAUCCCGCCCAGAGCGGAUAUGUCACGAUGCAGUCGCCUGUGACAGUGCUGGGUCUUGGGCGCACGAACGUAUUUAUCAGUUCUCUGCACUCUCGGGUUCCAAACGAAAAAUACCGGAUGGGAAUAGCACAGGACAAGAUAGUUCCUAACUCUGAGCUUAUGAUGGAGGUAACAAACAACCACAUUCGGAACUCUUUGUACUUGAAUGCAAACGCCUAUUGGCCCAUUGCUAUCCCUGUUAUUCUUACGAUUCUUUUUACUCUGGUGAUAAUCACAGCGUACUUCUCCAUGAAGACAAAAAGAUACACAAAAAACAAAACAAAAAGAACGAGAUACGAUGUGACAUUCGGAGCGCUCUAG